AAACAGCUAGCCUAAAUCCUAAAAAACUAAAUCCUGUCACAAUGAAUCUGUAUCUGUUCCUCUAGCGAAGCUGCACUCACACACAGCACAACAUGCUAGAUACCAAGUGUUAAAGCUAACAUAAAUUGAAUGCUGAUAUGAGGAGUAUGUGAACAGAGUUGGUCUUUUUCCAUGUGGCGUUCUGUUUAUUUUGUCCACCACCCGUGUGUGCUGAUGUGCCAGAUGUUGUUAUUGUUUUGUAAAUAAUGAUUCGUGUUUCGUCUUUUAUUAAAGAAAGUGACCCUGAAGCUGAACUCUUCUUCUUCUUCUCUCUGUCUGAUCCAGCAGAAACCGUCAAGUGUCGACUUUUAAACAGCAGCAUUUAGUUUGUCCGGUUUUCAACACCGAGCAGGUGGAGGUGAUGGUGCCGCCCCGAAUAAUUGGUGGAGGUGGUAGCCUGAAAGGACCGCCUGCAGACACUACUCAGGGCUGAAAGCUUCUGCAGCUGCGUUUGUUUGAUCUUCUGAACGCUGGACGCUUUCACAUCUAGCAGUUAGUCUGUGUUGUGGCAUUAGGAAAUAUGAACAUCUAACCUUGUGAUCACGUUCACAUGUGGAAUAGGGCAAAGUAUUUGUUCUGUUGACGAAAAGGGACAUAAAAAAAAAUUACUAAUCAUAUUUUUUGAAAAAAGAUUUUGUCACAAUAGUUUUGAAUGUUCUACGUCAGAUUUGUUAAGUGAUCGAUUUUGAGCAUGAAGAAAAGUUUCACCACAUAAUUAACCAUCUGGUUUCUUCUAUUUUCCACUCAGGAGCAAAAAUCUGCCUUUAAACUUAAAAGAAAUAAUGAUUCAACGUAUAUCGAAUGAUUAGAAAUGUUUUUACCGUGUUUUUAUGAUGGUGGUUUUAUCUCGUAUCUGGUUUUAAAAAUAUGCUUUUAUUUUUAUAUUUCUGCUUUUAUUUAUUUUUUUAUUUUACGUUCAUUGAUGUUUUUAUAUUUCUGCUUUUACCUUCUCUCAACAUCUUGGAUUAGUCACGCACCUUGAUUCUUGCUGUAUGAAAUGUGAUGUUAUAAAUAAAUUGACCUCACUAACGGGACUGAACCCCGGUCGAAGGUGCAGCACAGAGCGGUUUGUAGUAAAGAUGGAGCAUCAAAGGCGUCAGGCCGACAUUGUACAACUUGAUCACAAUCUGAUAUCUGAUUGAUUUAAACAUACAUGAGACAGGAAAUAGAAUUUAUAUAUCAUUUAAUUUGAGUCUUCACGAAAGAAGCAAAGUUGAGUUGACCACAAACGUCAGUUUGGAACAUUUUAUAUGAAUUUUCACAAACAGCGAGACGUCAGGAGUCUCUUCAUCAUUUAUUUAUUUAGCUGUGACUUACAGUUGCUACAUGUGUCGCACGCGUCUUGCUUAGGUACACACCGCACACCUCAAACCCGGGUCUCCUACAGCACAGGCAUGUGUCAUAUCCACUGCACCACCUGUUAACAUAAAGAUAUCGAUCAUAUCAGCUUUGAGGGAAAGAGCCGAUGAAAGUUUUCAGAGUGUGGUGAAGCGAGGCGAGGGCUGCAGGAAGUGGUCGGUCAGCCGUCACGCCGCCGAGGAGCUGCAGCUUCACACCAGCCACUCCUCCCGCUGCAGACGUCAUGAAGCCUUCUUCAUCUUCAUCGUCCUCUUCCUCGGUGACAGCUGCACCAGAAACUCCGCGUCCCUCUUUUUCAUCUCGUCCUCCUCGUCAAAGUCUGCAAAGUCCAGAGUUGCAAGCAGAGUUUCUGCAAGAGUUUCGGAACAAAUCCCGGUUUCACAGAGACGCCGGUGAAUCCAGUGCCGUCUCCUCUCCCCCCUCCUCCUCUCCUCUGCCCUCCCCCCUCAGUUCCACCCCGCUCUCCUCCCCCUGCAGCUCCUCAGCCUCCUCCUCCUCCUCCCCUCCAGGCUACGACAAGAGACAAGCUCGUUUGUCGCUGUCCAGCCCUGAGCUCCUGUCAGAGCUGAAACACUCGAGGACACGCUCCCUGCGACAUGUCCCCGAACACAACAGCCUGACCACCGUCUUCUCUGGACGGGGAAGAGGAGGAGGAGGAGGAGGAGGAGGAGGAGGAGGACGACAGGCCUCCGGCCCCACCCCGACCGCACGACCAGCCAAUCAGAUGACUUCGCACUGAUCAUCAGCAGCACCCGACCCUGUACCAGACUACUGGACCUGAAUCCAUCAUGGACUUGGCUAUCCUAUAACCAAUCAUGCAUUAUUUGCCAUCAAAAUGAAUAUUUGAACAAUAAGUCCUUGAUUUCAGAGAGAAGUAAAUAAAAAGAACUUUUGCUCCCA